AUGACUGCGGGCGACGGGGGGGCGCACGGGGCCUGCGGGGACCUGGGCGCCCUCAAGCCGGUCGUGCGGAGCGUGUUCGAGGGGCGCGACGAGGGCGCGUCCCUUUCUAGGAAGAAACUGGCGAAGCAGGUGGGAAAGAAAGCCAGGGAUGCAGGGAUCGCGCCUGCCGUCGAAGACAGAGACAAGUUCACCAAGGAACUGAGGCGGAUCCUGGCGGACGCGUCUGCGCUGAAGAAGCUCGGUCUGCGAGAUGCUGGUGACGACGCGGUGGCGCUCAGGAAGAAGGGGGACAAGAAACGGGCGCGGGAGGAGAAGGCGGCGGACGGCGGGGCGGAGGAGAAGCAGAAGCGCUCGAAGCGGCAGAAGCGGGAGAAGGUCAAGGUGGUGAAGGAUGCAGACGAGUACGUGUUGCCGAAAGUGGACCCGACGAAGAUAUACAGCAUGACGGAGGACGAGAUCGAGUCCGCGGUGCGCACGGCGAUCCACGCGGUAGACGCCCGCUUCAAGGGCCUCGGGAGCCGCCGCAGCAGCGGAGAAAACCUGUGGAAGGUGCAGGACCAGCGCGACGACUUCAAGACGGGGCCGUACUCGCAGCAGGAGAAGGACAUCCUCCGCCUCGCGGUCAAGACGUUCGCGCAGGUCCGCGGGCUCAGCGCGACGGACCCGGCCCCGUGGCUCACGCGCUCCCAGAAGUACCCCGAGGCGCGGUGCUGCCACCACGUCUUCCACGAGGUACUGCCGCACCGCCGCCUGCGGUCGCUGCGGGAGGCCGCGAUCCGGAUGUUCCACCCGGACAACAACGCGGGCGCGUGGAGCGUCGAGGACGACCGGCGCCUGCUGCAGUUGGUGCGCGAACACGGGCGCCGCUGGAACAUGAUCGGCGGGCUGCUGGGGCGGUUCCACGCGUCGUGCAAGGACCGCUUCAAGGAGCUCAAGCCCGUCGCGGACACGCCGAUCGAUGAAGCGCUCGAGGACGAGGAUCCGAAGCAGGGGAUGAACAAGGAGAGGUUCAGCGAGGAGGAGAUCGAGGCGCUGCGGAGGAUCUUGCGGGAGCUGGUGGGCGAGGACGUAGACGUGCCCAAGGUCAGCUGGUCGGCCGUCAGCGACGCGAUGGUGCGCGAGGGACACCUCAGGAACGCGCGGCAGUGUCAGCGGUUCUACGACUACCACCUGGAGCAGUCGCUGAAGGCGGCGGGCAAGUGGGGGGCGGGGCAGGACGACGCGCUGUUGGACUUUCUGGUGCGCGGCGUGACGAAGAAGGGCUGGCUGUUCGAGUACCAGGUGCCGUGGGACAAGGCGGUGCGGGGGCGGAGCGCGGAGGUGUGCAAGCGGCGGUGGCUCGGCAUGAAGCGGGCGAUCAAGGGGGGAGUGUCCAUGGAGCUGGGAGAGGUGGUCCGGACGCUGGAGCAGCUGAGGGAGCACAAGCGGCGGAAGAAGGAGAGGGCGGAGGGCGGGGGAAAGUCUGGCGAGCAGGAGGGGGCGGGGAGUGAUGUCGAGGAGUGA